GGAACACACCGUGAACGACAGACACAACAAGACACUCUCGGAAACAGCAAGCCUGCAUUGGGAUUUCCAAAAGCAAGUGAACAUAUUCAAGUGAACGUAUAUCACCUGUACCUCAAUUCUAUCCACAACGUUCUAUCGCUGUGAGAAAUCCCUAACUGUAAGAUUCCUUCAGCUAGAGUGGAGAUUGUUAUUUGUAGUGUAGUUUGACACAGUGGGUUAGACAAAUAUAAAAAGCUGUCCUACUUGCUCUCCUAGAUUCCUGUGAUGUCAUUAGUGGCGUAGAGAUUGCCAAACAACAUGCCACAGAGGAGCACAGCGAGGCUGUUUUUUUUGUUUGUUGUGUUGUGUGUUCUGUGUGUAUGUGAUUUAUUGUGACAGUUGGCUCGGUGUGCUUGGCAGAGGCGUUUGGUGACCGUGUUUGGUGAAGGACAUAACCAAAUUUGGCUAUUUUCACCUGGCAAAGAUGGACAAAGGCAGCAUGGGCCCCAAGAAGACUUUCGUGUCCACUUUUCGGAUGGAUUUUAAGCCUGCCGCCCCUCAGCAGUUUGUGUUGAAGGGGAUCAAGAAUGAGCUGGAGGACAGGGACACUGCUCGGGGGGGUAGCAGCAAGCAGGGAACCAUAUCAACAGAUAUCACCUCAAAGAGAAGAGUCUCCACUGAAAAGGGUCCCCUGCUGGAGUUUCUUGACCCCCAAGAGCAGUUGGAGGUGCGGGUGGGAGGGCAGGCCAGACUCCACUGUGCAUUCAGGAGCUGCAGUGUUCCUGUGGCUUCCUGCUGGAUCUACAACAGAGAGCAGGUGGUUUCAGGCGGGCCGAGGACUCGUGUAGAGAGCAGUGACACUGACAGCAGUGUGGAGAUAUCUCAGGCUUGUCCGGGCGAUGCGGGUACAUACACUAUAUUGGUGCGGAAUCGCAGGGGCUUGGCUCAGCACACAGUCACCCUCAGUGUUAUCGACCGGCCUCACCCUCCGGCAUCUAGUCCCGUGGUCUCCCAGCUCUCCUCCUGCUCCCUGGUCCUGUCAUGGUCAGGGCCCAGCUACGACGGGGGCACUGCCAUCACAGGCUACGUGGUGGAGGUGAGACGAGAAGGCACUGAGAAACCUGAGGACUGGACUGAGGUGACGACCCGCUGCAAGAACACCUCAUACCGGAUCCGCUCGGUCCUGGAGCCCCUGGGGGAGUACCGCUUUCGCAUUCGGGCCUACAAUUUGGCAGGUGUCAGUGAGCCGAGUGAGGUGUCAGACUGUGUCAAGAUGGACACCAGAGGAGAGCCAAAAGAGGAAUCCCAAUCGUAUGUGACUGUCACCAUUGACACCACGCACAAAGUCAAGGAUCAUUACAAUGUGCAUGAGAAGCUGGGAGUGGGGAAGUUUGGCCAGGUGUUCAGGCUGAGUCACAAGGAGACAGGUCAGGUGUGUGCAGGGAAGUUCUACCGGGCCCAUAGCUCCAAGGCGAAGGCUAUGGCGCGCAGGGAGAUCGAGCUGAUGAACUGUCUCCACCACCCCAAGCUGGUGCAGUGCCUUGGGGCCUAUGACACCCGCUCCGAAAUCAUCAUGGUGAUGGAGUACAUUGCCGGCGGGGAACUGUUUGAGCGCAUCGCGGACGACAACUUUGAGCACACAGAGCCUACCAGCGCACGCUACAUGCAUCAGCUCCUGGAGGGCAUGCAGUACAUCCACCGGCAGAACAUUGUCCAUUUGGACCUCAAGCCAGAAAACAUUGUGUGCGUGGACACCACGGGCACGCGGAUUAAGAUCAUCGACUUUGGCCUGGCAGCCAAACUGGAGCCUGGUACUCCACUGAUGGUGAUGCAUGGGACACCUGAUUUUGUGGCCCCUGAGGUGAUCAGCUACGAGCCGGUAGGGCUGGCCACUGACAUGUGGAGCAUCGGAGUCAUCUGUUUCAUCUUGUUGAGCGGUGAGUUGCCCUUCCAAGGUAACAGUGACGCAGAGACCCUGAGCCUGGUGACGGCCGCCCGCUAUGAGUUUGACCAGGAAAGCUUCGAGGACAUCUCGGACCAGGCUAAAGACUUCAUCACCUCUCUGCUCAAGAAGGACACAAGGUGUAGGCUGUUGUGUGACGAGGCCCUUGCCCACCCCUGGAUGGCCUCUUUUACCCUUCUGGUCCGCCGGCCCACCAAGUCCCUCAAGAAGGACAAGAUUCGACGUUUCUUGGCCAAGCGCAGAUGGAAGAAAACAGGCAAGGCUGUCCUGGCACUGCAGAGGAUGGCCAACCUCACCAACGGACCUGACUCUCCUGGCAGCCCUGGGGAGGAGGCUAGCUGGAGCCCGGCAGCAGAGCAGGCCAUCCAGACCCUGGAUCAGGAGCUGCAGAGCGAACCCCGCUUCCAGCAGGUCCUAAGGGACACCAGCCAGCCCCGGGGAUCAUCUGCCCGCCUGGCCUGCCGCGUCCAGGGCUACCCUGAGCCGGAGGUGGUGUGGUUUAAGGAUGAGGUGACCGUGGAGUCAUCGUCGAGGGUCACCGUGGAGUACAACGGCAUGUGUGAGCUGGUCCUGACUGACCUGGGACCUGCCGACACUGGGGUUUACAAGUGCAGAGCUACCAACGACCUAGGGGAGGCGCUGUGCUCAGCCAAACUUACCGUGGAACUGUAGCCUGAAAACACAAAACAACUACAUCUGGAUCCCUAAUCUCCACCCAUUUCCCCAAAGUGUGCACUUUCCGUGGAUGGGUAAAUUCACUAUUGCAUGUUGAUUUUUGUCAUGACUUCCAGACAGUAAACUGUUCCUCAAUGGUGCCUCUCACAGCUAGACGCACAAGGAGGUUGUAGAAAGGUCAAACCACACCACUUUCCAUUCACUUUGAUUCAGUUGUGACACUUCAUUUGAUACACUAACUUUCAAUACCAGCAAAGUACAACACUUUACCAAACCCCUCGACUUUUUCCACAUUUUGUCACAGCCCAAAUUUAAAAUGGAUUAAAAUGUAGAUUUUUUUUGUCGUCACUGGCCUACACACAAUACCCCAUAAUGUCAGUGGAAUUAUGUUUUUAUAAACGUUAACAAAUGAAUGAAAUGCUGAAAUGUCUUAAGUACUCAACCCCAAGCCUAAAUAAGUUCAGGAAUAAAACUUUGCUUAACAAGUUU